CUUUAUCAAAAAUUAAAAAUAGCAAAAAUCUAUCUUUUCUUUGCUUUAAAUUUGCCACCUUCCUCACAUCUUCCCAACUAAGAAAAAAAGCCCCUCACUUUCUUCUAUUCAAAUAGCUUAGUCAUCUUUCUCAAUUAGUUACACAUUUUUUUUAUAUGUUUCCCCACUUGCCCACAUCAAAACUUCUCUUUUAAGCUAUGAAUUCUCCAUACUAAACACUUCAAAUUUUACACUAAUUCUAUUUCUAUACCAAUCUUUUAUAUUUUCUUACUACAUUUUAAGGCUAUGGAUUGGGAGCAAAAAAGUCUUGUGAAUGAGCUUACACAAGGAAAAGAGCUGACAGAAAAAUUAAGAAACAAUCUAAUCAACUCUAUUUCAUCACCUGAAAUGAGACAAAUUCUUGUUGAUCAGAUUCUUUCAUCUUAUGAAAAAGCUCUUAAUUUGCUGAAUUUUGACGUUUCCGCUAUCGAAACGAAACCAGUAAUUCAUACAUUGGAAUCUCCUCAUUCUUGUGCUAAUAGUAGUCCUAGAAGUGAGGUUUCUGACCAAGAUUGCAAGAAUCAGUUUAGCAAAAGUGUCUACAAGAAAAGAAAAACACAAGCAAGAUGGACAGAGCAAGUGAAGGUUUGUUCAGGAACAGCAAUGGAAGGGCCUCUUGAUGAUGGCUAUAGCUGGAGAAAAUAUGGCCAAAAAGAUAUUCUUGGAGCUAAUUUUCCAAGAGGCUAUUAUAGAUGUACUCAUCGUCACUCACAAGGUUGUUUAGCCACAAAACAAGUUCAAAGAUCAGAUGAAGACGCAACCAUUUUCGAGGUGACUUACAGAGGAAGACACACAUGUUUUCAAUCCUCUCGUUUAGCUAACGACAAUUCGAAUCAAAACAAAGAUAAUUUUCAACAUCAAGAAAAACCAAAGCCAAAGCCAUUACUAAAAGAAUUAUCUUUCAAAGACGGAUUUAAAACCGAGGAUUUGGAAAGUCUACGAGACAUUUUCCCAUCGUUUUCAUUUUCUGAUAUUGGAACUGAAAAUGAGGGAAACUAUGAUAUUUUCAAGAUUGAAAGUAGUCUAUUUGAAUCUCCGGCGACAUCCGAGUCCAACUAUUUGUCAUCGGUGUCGGCAUGUCACUACAAUGAGAGAACACCAGAAACUGAGUCGGUCCCCACUUCGGUUACUAAUUCACCAAUUCAGGAUUGGGAUAUUUCCAUCGAAGAUGCAGAUUUCGAUAUCAGUUUCCUUUUAGAAAAUCCUGAAUCAUUUGCUUUCAAGUAAUAGUGUAUAGGAUCAGAUCAAUUUAGAUUGGUCAAAUUAGCCAGCACUGAAAGAGAGAUUAGAAAAAUUAAUGAUGUUCAUAUGUCUCCUAUGGUUAGCUAGCCACAACCUUGUGCAAUUCUUUUUCUAUUUCAAAAUUGUUUUCCAUGUACUUGUGUUCUUUCAAGAGGGACUCUAGCUGAAAAUGGAAUUACAGAAAAAGUUCCCUUUGUAAAAGUGUUGAGAAUCUUGAAUUCUGGUAACCAAGUUAAAACUAGAAUGAUAUAUUUUUAUUUGUUAAA